CAUCUAGCGCAAGUCGAUCUCUAGGGUGCGGAGGAGACUAUAUAGUUCUGCAAACAGUGCGCGAUCCAGAGGAGGCGGGAGAAAACACCUGUUACGGAAGAAUCAAUUCGACAAAGCAGCCUCCACGUCUUCAACAGAGAAACACCCUUCUAUCCCAGCUGGUGAAGCCCAGUGGGAUAAUGUGGGUUCUGGACAAGAUCCGUGGGUCAGUAGAGACCACUGUUCUCCGGCGGGGGGAGAAUGGGGUCAAGGACAGCAACACUCCAGUCUACAGCAACGUCCUCACCCCUGAUAAGAUCCCUGACUUUUUCAUUCCCCCCAAGCUGGUCUGCUGCCCCCCAGAGCCUGAGACCCUGGACGUCGUCAAGCCGAAGGAGGGGCUGCGGCCCUCGGCCUCUGAGCAGACCAUUGGCAGUAAGAAAAUCAGCAGCCCUCGCAGCCCGCGUCUGGUUGCCAAGCUAGCUGGGGACACCAAGAACCUGUUGAGGGCCGCCAACCGUCACAUUAUCCAGAUAGAGAGCGCUGAUGACAUGGUGGCAGGGGACACUAACGCUGACCCUCAGUCUCAGACCGCUAUGUCACUGCCCUACGUCCCCAAGACCCAGACUUCCUAUGGUUUUGCCACUUUGAUGGAGAGCCCCCACACCCGCCGCAAGGAGUCCCUUUUCCACUGUGACCAGACCAGCCCCCUGACCUCUCCCAACUCCCAGAGGAAGGGGAAGAGCAGCGUCAGCGAAUGCAACCACCUCAACCCCCCUGACUUCAACGCCUCUCACAACCCAUACCGCUACUUUAGUGGAGGGGAGAGUGACACCUGUUCCUCGGCUGAGUCCUCUCCCUUCAACUCCCCACUUCUCUCCCGCUCUGCCUCGCUGCUCAAAGUCUUCACCCACGAGACACAGGCAAAGGUGGUGAAAGCCAAGAGGACGUUUGCCCGCCACAGCUCCUUGUCCACAGACGAGUGCAGCUCAACCGAGCCCAGUCCCAAUGUGCUGCGGCGGCUCCACUCUUCUUCACUCCAUGGCGGUGGGCCGUCGGACCGGGAGCACACCGUCAACCUACACAAGGGCGGCAGGGUGAGGCUCAGCGCCGACUACGAUGCUGGCACGGCCCGCCUGCGCAUUCGCAUUCUGGCUGCCGAAGAGCUCUACGACAAGAUGUACGACAUUAAGAGCAUCAACUGCUGCGUGUCACUGUACCUCAAUCCUGGCAAGCUGCAGAAACAGCGGAGCACUAUCAUCAAGAACAGCCGAAAUCCUGUGUUCAACGAGGACUUCUUCUUUGACUCUGUGACCUCAGUGCAGGUGAAGAACCUAGCAGUGAAGAUCAAGGUGGUGAAUAAGGGCACCAGCCUGAAGAGAGACACUCUGCUGGGGGAGAGAGAGAUCCCUCUGGGGAAGCUGCUCCAUGGCCUCUAGGUCUGUCCUGACGAUACAGAAUAGUACUCUGACUAACACAGAAUGAGACUAUGAAUGAUAAUGUGCAUGAAAAAAGAUACAGUGCCUUGCGAAAGUAUUCGGCCCCCUUGAACUUUGCAACCUUUUGACACAUUUCAGGCUUCAAACAUAAAGAUAUAAAACUGUAUUUUUUUGUGAAGAAUCAACAACAAGUGGGACACAAUCAUGAAGUGGAACGACAUUUAUUGGAUAUUUCAAACUUUUUUUAACAAAUCAAAAACUGAAAAAUUGGACGUGCAAAAUUAUUCAGCCCCUUUACUUUCAGUGCAGCAAACUCUCUCAAGAAGUUCAGUGAGGAUCUCUGAAUGAUCCAAUGUUGACCUAAAUGACUAAUGAUGAUAAAUACAAUCCACCUGUGUGUAAUCAAGUCUCCGUAUAAAUGCACCUGCACUGUGAUAGUCUCAGAGGUCCGUUAAAAGCGCAGAGAGCAUCAUGAAGAACAAGGAACACACCAGGCAGGUCCGAGAUACUGUUGUGAAGAAGUUUAAAGCCGGAUUUGGAUACAAAAAGAUUUUCCAAGCUUUAAACAUCCCAAGGAGCACUGUGCAAGCGAUAAUAUUGAAAUGGAAGGAGUAUCAAACCACUGCAAAUCUACCAAGACCUGGCCGUCCCUCUAAACUUUCAGCUCAUACAAGGAGAAGACUGAUCAGAGAUGCAGCCAAGAGGCCCAUGAACACUCUGGAUGAACUGCAGAGAUCUACAGCUGAGGUGGGAGACUCUGUCCAUAGGACAACAAUCAGUCGUAUAUUGCACAAAUCUGGCCUUUAUGGAAGAGUGGCAAGAAGAAAGCCAUUUCUUAAAGAUAUCCAUAAAAAGUGUUGUUUAAAGUUUGCCACAAGCCACCUGGGAGACACACCAAAUAUGUGGAAGAAGGUGCUUUGGUCAGAUGAAACCAAAAUUGAACUUUUUGGCAACAAUGCAAAACGUUAUGUUUGGCGUAAAAGCAACACAGCUCAACACCCUGAACACACCAUCCCCACUGUCAAACAUGGUGGUGGCAGCAUCAUGGUUUGGGCCUGCUUUUCUUCAGCAGGGACAGGGAAGAUGGUUAAAAUUGAUGGGAAGAUGGAUGGAGCCAAAUACAGGACCAUUCUGGAAGAAAACCUGAUGGAGUCUGCAAAAGACCUGAGACUGGGACGGAGAUUUGUCUUCCAACAAGACAAUGAUCCAAAACAUAAAGCAAAAUCUAAAAUGGAAUGGUUCAAAAAUAAACAUAUCCAGGUGUUAGAAUGGCCAAGUCAAAGUCCAGACCUGAAUCCAAUCGAGAAUCUGUGGAAAGAACUGAAAACUGCUGUUCACAAACGCUCUCCAUCCAACCUCACUGAGCUCGAGCUGUUUUGCAAGGAGGAAUGGGAAAAAAUUUCAGUCUCUCGAUGUGCAAAACUGAUAGACACAUACCCCAAGCGACUUACAGCUGUAAUCGCAGCAAAAGGUGGCGCUACAAAGUAUUAACUUAAGGGGGCUGAAUAAUUUUGCACACCCAAUUUUUCAGUUUUUGAUUUGUUAAAAAAGUUUGAAAUAUCCAAUAAAUGUUCUUGCACUUCAUGAUUGUGUCCCACUUGUUGUUGAUUCUUCACAAGAAAAUACAGUUUUAUAUAUUUAUAUUUGAAGCCUGAAAUGUGGCAAAAGGUCGCAAAGUUCAAGGGGGGCGAAUACUUUCGCAAGGCACUGUAUAUAACUGGGGUUAGAUGUUUGCUUGGUCUUCCCUGUAUUCACAUAGAACUGUUUGAAAGGAAGUCAAUGUCUGGUCUGGUCUAGCAGUUUGUCUCUUAGCUGGUCACCUCCUCAACCUUCUAUUUCCUGAACCUGAAGCCCUGCACAGCCCAACUUGUAAAUCAUGUGGUGGACAAUCGAAUAUGGCACAGGUCAAAAAACACCUGCUCGUUUGAGGGACUCACUUUUUGGACUCUCUUGAUCUCGACGUUGAAUGUCGCAUGGUUGCAAUUACAUGUAACUCAGACAAUACAGGAUGCGAGUCUCUAUGAUUCAGUUUUUAUUCACCACUACCAUGCUUUUAUGGAUCAGGGCGUCUUUGAUGUUGCCACUAUAACUUGAUGUGCAAAUUAUCCUUUGAUCCUGAUUGUUGUUGCGAUCCACAGUAGCCUACUACCGGAAGGAAGGCCAGUCUGUUAUGUGACCACAAUGUCCAAAACCUGGAGAAUAGAGAUCAGACGUCACCGUCUGCUUCCCUAGCGCUUGGCAUGAAUAUGUAAAUGCUGUGAUAUGUUAGCAGUUUGUACUUCAGUUUCACAACACCCACAAGCCUUACCAAGAGUGAUAGAUAGACAGAAAGAGAGAGUGACAGAGGGAGGGAGGGUGUAUGCAUUACAUUUUAAAGAGUGUGACAUUAUUCAAAGGUGUUGAACAUAAUUUUAUACAUAGAUGUUGUAUUUGUAUAAGACAUAUGCUUCAGUAUGAUGUAUACUGCAUGACCAAAAGUAUAUGGACACCUACUCGUCAAACAUCUCAUUCCAAAAUCAUGGGUAUUAAUAUGGAGUUGGUCCCCCCUUUGCUGCUAUAACAGCCUCCACUCUUCUGGUAAGGCUUUCCACUAGAUGUUGGAACAUUCCUGCGGUGAUUUGCUUCCAUUCAGCCAUUAGUGAGGUUGGGCACUGAUGUUGGGCGAUUAGGCCUGGCUCGCAGUUGGCGUUCCAAUUCAUCCCAAAGCUGUUCGAUGGGGUUGAGGUCAGUGCUCUGUGCAGGCCAGUCAAGUUCUUCCACACUGAUCUCAACAAACCAUUUCUGUAUGGACCUCGCUUUGUGCAUGUGGGUAUUGUGAUGCUGAAACAGGAAAGGGCCUUCCCCAAACUGUUGCUGCAAACUUGGAAGCGCAGAAUCAUCUACAAUGUACAAUACAAUGAAUGUUCCUUUGACUGGAACUAAGGGGCCUAGCCCAAACAAUAACAAAUAGCCGCAGACCAUUAUUCCUCCUCCACCAAUCUUUACAGUUGGCACUAUGCAUUGGGGCAGGUAGCGUUCACUGAAAAGUCACUGAGCUCUCAGUGAGCUCUCAUGCUACUGCCAAUGUUUGUCUAUGGAGAUUGCAUGGUGGUAUGCUUGAUUUUUAUACACGUCAGCAACGGAUGUGGCUGAAAUAGCCGAAUCCACUCAUUUGAAGGGGUGUCCACAUACUUUUACAACAUUAUGACUUUGUAAAUUAUGUACUGCUGGAGAGUGAAUGAUUAGCAGCCCUCUGACCCUGAAAACCUUAUAAUUUGCUGACUUCAUUAUUAUGAUGGUGUUUUCCACUCCUGGCAGUGUAGACAAGCAACUAGGCCAGAGGACUGAGAAAGGAAAAACAUUUACAAUAAAAAAUAUUUACAAUAAACAUGAUUUGACAUGAAGGAUAGCCUUCUACUCUGCAUGUGCUCUGCUGUCCUUUAAAAUGAAUUACAAUACAUUUGAUCUGAUUGCAAUUUCAAGAAGGAGACAGAGGAAAGAAGCAGAGGUUGUUUCUGCAGAUGGUUAAAGGGUCACCACACACAUUCAUCUUUGAGAUAUGGAGUCAUUUAAUCAUGUCAAACAUGACUAUUUUACAGAAAAUAGCCAUUGUUUUUGUGAGUUACAUUCCCUGUCAUGUUUUAACCUAGACUAUACAAUAGAGGUCUCUACAAUACCAUUGCUUUUCUCCAUGCUUAUACUUUAUAUAACUUUGUUUGGCUCUAACUGUGAGGAUUUUGUUAUUGUGGAAAAUCUGUAAUCUGCUACGAUACUAUUAAAUGAUUAAUCUGUGUGUGCUCAAUGCUCAUGCUCUGCCUGCUGUACAUGGGUGUGUGCUCACUGAGUUGUAACCAAUCCCUUCUUUGGCUUACUAAAUCCCUUCUUUGGCAUGACUAAAAAGCAAAAAUAUUGUCAGUAGAUUUUAUAAUACUUCUUUGUAGUAGGCAGGGUCAAAAUGUAGCCUAAGUGCUUUUAUGAUGAAAAUGUAAUUAAAUCAAAAAGUGAGUAGUGUAUUUUGGGGAUUGCCAACUAUUUUUGUAAUUGAUUGUAUUUUCUUGUUUCUCAUCUACAGAUGUAGGAUUUUAAUUUGAGCCAGUUUUCUACAGCAGUAAAAUAAUCCUGUGGCAGCAGGAAAUGUGAAUUAUUAUGUGGAUUAUAAUUAAUGGACAUUGUUGUGGGCUUUGAUACAUUUUUCGUUAGGGCAAAUCAAGUCUGAAUUUUCCAAGUGGAAAUUGCAAUCUUUAGAAUCCUUUUUAAAACUCAAAUACACGACAAGUUUGCAUUUCCUACUGUGCAGAAAAAUUCUCAGCAACAAAAGAGUUAUCAAAUUAAGAUCUUACAUCUGUAUUUAAAAAAGACAGCCCAAUGUGCAUUUGAACUAGGAAUAAUUCUCCUGAGAAAGGAAAACUGUGCUGAAAGCUAUCUCACUCAACAGGUUAGAUACGUAAUUAAAACAUGUAAAAAGGAUCAGCAAAAAUUUCAAAUGGAUUCAAUUAACUUUCUCCUCAUGACUGUGUUUUCAAUUAUGCUAUGAUUUGAAGUGCUUUAAAUACUGUAGGCCAGAUCUCCUUGCUGAUUAUCUUCUAUACCAACCACAGGGUUAAUUAUCCUGGUUGAAUACACUGUAAAUAUAUGUAUCUUACUAACUUGGCUGCUUAUGAUGCCCAGGUGUGUUGUUUUGUGGGAUGCCAGUGGGAGGGCUUACUGUCAGCUAAAUAAUGGAUAAAUAUAUGUUUUAUACAUGCAGUCAUGUAUCAAAUGAAUACAGUGAGCACCUGAUUUCUAACAGUGGAGGAAUACCCACUAUCCUCUAAGAUGUGUGUUUUUCUCUGUUUGUUAUGGGGAAGCCCAACACCUCUAUUGGGGGUGCAGAAAACCUGCAGAUGUAUAAUGUAUAUAGCCACUUUAAAUGGGUUUGCCAUCAUAGUAUGGACUUUCUUUUUAGAAUUAGACCUCUGCCUGAUGCAUUAGAUACACAGUUAGCCAAUUUGAUUGCCAACCUUGAUUUAAGUCUCUGAGGGAUUGCCAGAAUUAACUUUACAAUUAGCUAGCUGUUGGUGUUCGGAAAUCCUUCCUCGUUAUUCUGUGCUAAAUGGCUAUUUAAUUACACAAGCUAAAAAGGUCUGACUGUCAAUUUUUUAAAAUUAAACUCGGAAGACUGCUUAUGCGAAAUAAUGAAAGUGGGGAAGAUAUCUAUUUCAGUGAUCUAAUUUCUGCAGUGGAGAGGAGAUGUUUAAUAUGCUGAACUUGUUCUGUUUCUCAAGAAAAUGAAACAAGUGCCAAUCCGUCAUACUUGAUGCCAAAUUCAUUAAUUGUUAUCUCAAGGUGUUAGAUAAAUGAUGGAUGCUAGUUAGUUUCUAUCUACUGUAUUGUUAUUGUUGGUGUGAGUACUUAUGUAUUUUAUACUAUGAUGUCAUUAGUAAUGGACACCUGUGGGUUUUCCUGACUGUUCCUCAAACUGUGUUGAUAUAGGCUAUGAAAUGCCUUGAUUAAAAGCAAAUGUAUUGUA